AUGUCUGCACUCAUGGAGCGUCCCCCGGAGGCCACUAAGAUUGCGCAAUACCGCGCGUCUAAGGAGGCGGCAACACCGCUGACGUUGCCCACUCCACCAGCUGCGGCAGAGUUGCAGCCCAAGGGUGGUUCUACUGUGCGACCGAGAGGGCCAGUGCAUCAUGACGCCAGCGCGACAUCUGAGCUGACGGACAAAGGCGGUCCAACGACGUUUGCGCACUCCUUCUUGGAGGCCGUUCUCAACGGCCGAGCGAAGACAACGCGCGCGUUGGCCCCUGGCACGCCACUGACGCACACCGAAACGACGUCUGGCACAACUGUCGCUCUCUCGGGACUCGCAUCGCAUACCGCUAGUCCAGGCAAUGGCGCUCGUGCUGGCCAACGCAGCGCGUCCCCUGGUGCUGCAACUGCUCCCAAAGUGACAGAGAAGGCUUCAGCGCAGCCAUCUGCCCCUAAGCCACUGGAGCUGGUGCCGACCGACACGGGGACCAUUCCGGAGCUACUGAGUGUUUUGCGUGAUAUAGCGCUCUCAUGCGCGUCUCUGGACACCGUCGACAAGGCGGUAGGUGGGUCGGCGUCCUUUGUGAGAGGCACUGACGCUGCGCCUUUCCACAAAAAGCCAAUGGGCACCGUCAGCGCGCCGGCCACGGCGGCUGUUGCACGCGGCGCGGGUAGUGGUGGGACCAGCGCCACCUCUGGCGGUCGCUCGGCAGCACCCCCCACGGCGAUUGCCACUGCACAUCCUUCACACGACCUCGACAUCACGGAAGGAGAGCGCUGGCAUCGCGUAUGUGCCCACUUCGAAGUGCUGCGCGGGCUUGUCCUGAACGAGCAUGAGUUGACGCGUGCGCUGGACGAGGUGCUCGGCGUGGAGUGGCGUGGCGUGUCAACGCCGCUGGGCCUGCAAACGUACGCGGAGGGCGUUGCUGUGGCGCCGAAUGCGUCGCCGGCGGUGUCGGCGGGUGGACUGCAUAAUCCUCCUGCGGCAACUCUCGCAGGUGCACCAACCGCUGCGGCUGGACGAUCGAUUGUUCCUGUGCCGCCCGCGCCGGCCGAUCCCGAGACGCCACCAACCCCGUCCUUCUCGGCUGGCUGUGUCCCCAGCGGGGCUGGCGCGCCGAGGACAUCCACCGCUGCCACUUCUUCUGCCGUUACUCCCAUGGCGACCACAACCAGCUCACACACCGGCACGAAUGUCACCGACGUGGUAGGGGUGAAGUCUGCUGCGCCGCCAGGGACGACGCUCAGCUACAACGCGCGCUCCUUCGAAAGCCGCACCCCGCCUGGCGUGCAGAAGCAGCGAAGCGCCUCGUUUUCGGCGGCACCGAUCCCGGUUGCACACAGCCCGGCCCCCACCGCGAAGAAUACAGCCUCCACGUCGAUGAAGCAGUUGUCCGAGAGCAGCUCAACGUACUCCCCGUCGCAGCACGUUGCCAUGAUGCUGGAUCGCGGCACGACGCCGCCGCCGGCUUCGCGCACACAGGAUGAUGGCGAGGCCUCUCUCGUCAACUUUCCUUCGACGCCAUUGUCUGAGGCAGCAGCGCCGUAUCAGCCGUCGGCGUCGCUCAUGAACACUAGCCCGCACGGCGGAAGCGGGUCCAUGUCGAACAGCACGCCGUUUCACCUGGAGACGCGCGAGGAGAUGCUGCGACGUCGCAGUGCGGCACCGAACGCAUUUUACGCUUCCGUAUCGCACAGAGGCGCCACACAAUUCGUCGGCGGCCCUCCCAGCGCGGCGACAACCCCACACACGUUCAUGUCGUCUUCGCUGGCGCCGGGCGUGCCGCCAUUCUCGCUCAACGGCGGUGCUGGUGAGGCGCGCAGUGUGCCGGUGUCGCCGCUGACGUCGUACUCUUCGCCGCUCGGCGCCUUACCAUGCCCGUAUGACUAUCUGCUAGUGUUGGACUUCGAGGCCACCUGCGAGGAGCACCCGCCCCCCAACUACCUGUACGAGAUCAUCGAGUUCCCGGUGGUGGUUGUCGAUGUGCGACUGCAGCGUGUCGUGGCGGAGUUUCACCGAUUUGUGCGCCCGCGAUACAAGAGAGAGCUCAGCCCGUUUUGCAAGAAGUUGACCGGGAUGCGGCAGGAGGACGUGGACGCAGCGGCGUCGCUGGAGGAGGUCGUCAGACAGUUUGAGCGUUGGCUCUCCCACACGCUGCCGCCACACGCCCGCUGCAUGUUCGUGACGGAUGGCCCGAUGGACUUGCGCGAAUUCAUGUACUAUCACAGCGUUUCUCGCCAAGGCAUCCGCUUCCCCUCGCUCUUCUACCAGUUCAUCGACGUAAAGCAGACCUUUGCCUGCUUCUUCCGGUGUUCGCAGGGGAAGAUUAAGGCGAUGCUGGAGGUGCUGCAUCUGCCCUUUGAGGGGCGACUGCAUAGCGGGCUCGACGACGCGCGCAACAUCGCGUCCAUCGUGAUUGGCCUCCUUCACUAUGGAUGCAGUUUCUGUGAGGUGCCACUAAACCGCCUGCCGUUCAAUGGGCUGCUGCUGACCGGAGCGAACAGCGUGGGCGGAUCGACACCCCUCUUGCUACCACCCUCGACGGCGCCCGCCGCGUCCUGCCCCACACGAACGCCUGAGGGGUCACCCACGGCCAUCUCUACUUUCCACUCUGUGAGCGAGGACGAUCGCUCUCGCUAA